UGCAUCCUUGCAGCAAUUUGCAGUUUAAUUCUCCUUUCCAUUAAGCUUUCAUCUUUAGCAAGUCGCCUCUUAAAUUAGUGCAUAUAUAUAAUCUGCACUACCAUUUGCAGCAGCUCGCGACAAACUAGCUAAGAGGCUAAUUAGAUAGCUUACACUCCCCUAUAAAUAUGGCUCAGUCGAGUGCUCGCUUGGAAGCAGCAGCAGCCAGCAAGCUAGAGCACUGAGCAGUGAGCGUACAAACGAUCGGUCGGCCGGCGAGAAGAGGAGUAGAAAGAAGAAGGGUUUGCGUGUGUGUGUACAUGGAUUGGAGCAGGGCGGAGAACGCGAGGUUCGAGCAGGCGCUGGCCAUGUACGACCGCGACACGCCGGGGCGGUGGGAGCGCGUGGCGGCGGUGGUCGGCGGGGGGAAGACGGCGGACGACGUGAGGCGCCACUUCGACCUCCUCGUCGACGACUGCGGCAGCAUCGAGUCCGGAAACUACGGCUACCCCGGCACCGGCGCCGGCGCCGGCCGCGGCAGCGGCAACGGCAACGGCAAUGGCAGGGACAAGAACAACGACGGCAACACGAACAGGCGCCAGAGCAGAGCCAACGGGCCGCAGACAUGACGUACGGAGAAAUGAAUGUGUGUCAACAAACAACAAGCACGUAAAGAUAACAAGAGUACGAGAUAUGCAUAUUAUGUGUGCUAUAUAUGUGUAUUUACGUAUACAUAUCUGAAUGUGGUCUACGGCUUUGGAUAUUGGAAGCAUCUACCUUGAUAGCUGUAGCUUAAUUUGUUAUGUAGUGAGAGUCUGAGAGAGAGGGAAGAGCAUGCAUGGCUAGCUGCUGGAGUACUGGCUAAAGCUUCUGCCAUCGAGCAGUAGUCAGCAGUGGUAUGCAACUACGUAUGCAUGCAGUUGUCAGGGAUGUAAAAUGUAUCUGGCUCUACUUUGUAACGUGUGGUUUGUUGGUCUUGAUUAACUAAUUAAUGUAAUGGAAUGCAAGGUUUGGUUUCUGACUA